GGUCACGUGAUAGUGACGUGACGAAAGUGCAGUUCCCACUGUGUUCUAGUAGCAGCCUGCCUUAACUGGGGGCAGAUAGAGCUGCGAAGGCCGGAUUAGCAGGAACAAUGGCUGAAGGUCAAGUGCAAUCUGUAAAAGUUCCCCCUGUAAAUGAAGAUGGUGUUACUUGUAGCCAAGAAAAAUUUCAUCGCCAACAGCCUCAACACUUAUGCAAGUUUUUCUCCCAGGGGAGAUACUGCCGGUUUGGGAAUAGGUGUCGAUUUCUUCAUCAACUUGCAGAAUGCCAAAAUUCUGAGAAGAAUCGGAAGCAAAAUGUUUCAUGUAAGCUUACUGAGAAGAGUAAUGCCACUGCAAUAUCCUGUUCACCAAACAAUUCUUUUUCUGAUCCAGUUAAAAAAGGUCUUGGAUCUCAUCAAAGAAAAUAUCAACCCCGAAAACUAUGUCGCUAUUUUGCUUCUGGAUUUUGUGCCAUGGAGAACCACUGUAAGUUCUGGCACCCUGACAACCAUCCACCAAUAAAUGAUGGCCAUCCUCAGGACAAAAAGGCAGCAGCUACCAGUACAGUGGUUAGGAUGCCAGUAGAGAGGCCUCAAGCACUCCCAGAGAGUCUUAGAUUUGGAGAUGUAACCCUAGAUAUGGCUAAAAAACUUAGAGAAACAGAAAUUUCCCAGUUGUUGAAGAGGUUUCCAAAAGAUAAAGUUAUUGUUCAGGAAAGAGAGGAUGGAGAGGUAACAUAUUACAGAGUUACAGUGGAACCUACAGAUCCAGACUGGCCUUUUGACCUGAAGGAAAUGGAGAUUAUGUUGGAGUUCCCUGAUGAUUAUCCCUUAAAGGUUUUUACAGUUCAGAUUCCUGAGGAUCAAGAUUUACCACCUGUUAUGUGCAGACAUGUGCGUGAAGCAUCUUUAACAUGGCUGGAAGCCAAACAUGCAACCAAUCAGCUGAUUGGUAAAGUGGAGCUUUUGUUCCGGCCUUAUCUACAUUGGCUUGAUCGCAACAUGGAAAGGCUUUUCACAGAAGGAGCCCGACUGUUAAAGAGGGAUGUUGAUGCUGAAAAGGCUGGUAUAGAGUUUGUACCUUAUCAACAAUUGCAAGCCUUAGUCAUCGAGUCAUCUUGUGAUAAAAGUGCCAGAGAGACUGUAACACAAAAUAACCCAGAAGAUCCUCCAGAUGAAAGCCUGGAAGAAGAUUCAGACGAUUGGACAAGCUGUGAUGAUGAUGAUGAUGAUGAUGAGUUGGAACCUGGUCCUGAUGAUAGGAUGAAGAGCAUAGAGGGAGGAGGGACAGAAGCUCCAAAGAAAGGAACAGAAAUCCGGUUUUUGGGCUUAAAGCUAGGAGAGGAUGUAGGCACUCUUAUGGCUCAUUGCAUAUCUGUUUCCCUGCAAUGCAAUAGGUGUCAAACAAUUGCAGACCUGUCUGUCUCUGGGAGGCAGCCAUGCACAGCACAGUGUGACCGAUGCAACAGUCGUAUCUCUGGGGCAUUCCACCCUCGUGUAAUCCAUCAGUUUUCUGCUGUGUUGGGUUAUGUGGACAUACAAGGAGCCUCCCCAAAAGAUCUUAUUCUUCAGGACUGUGAUUUUAUAUUCAGCUGUUUAUCUUGUUCCCAAGAAGGCCAAGUCCAGAGUCUCUCAUAUGGCAUCCCUAAAGAUUUGAAUUGCCUCCAUUGUCACUGUAAGCUCAGUAUAUCAGUUGAAGCUACAAAAUUCCAGAAAGUUGAACGUUGCCCUGCAAAAAUCAUUGGUAGCAAAGGUUUGCUGAACCAGGGCAGGAAAAGGGCAGUAAAAGAUCCAUCUAUCCAGCCUGGUAAACCUCUUCCAGAUCACGGAACCUGCAGACAUUACAGAAAAAGCUGCCGCUGGCUGAGGUUCCCAUGCUGUGGAAAAGCCUAUCCAUGUGAUGUUUGCCAUGAUGAUGCUGAGGAUCAUGAGAUGGAGCUUGCCUCUCGCAUGAUAUGUGGAUAUUGUGCUAAAGAGCAGGCCUAUACUAACGGUAAACCUUGCACCUCCUGUGGGAACAUGAUGAGCAAAGGUCUGCACUCUGGACACUGGGAAGGAGGACGAGGCUGCAGGAACAAAGUAAAAAUGUCCAGGAAGGAUAAACAGAAAUAUGCAAAUAGCUCAAAGACUGUGUCACGGAGGAGCGUGAGCAAAUUUUGAUGUGCAUUUGAAACACAAACCAAACAAAGGAGUCAUGUGGUAUCUAAAUUAUAACAGGAUCUUGCUUCAGAGGAGGGAACACAAACAAUUAACCAGGAAGUGCAAAUGUUGCCUCUCGUUCCUGCCCCUUCACGGGCCGAUAAGCUGACGAAUCGGUCCAUGAUUUUUCUUAUUUCUUUUUAAUAGAGCAUGCAUCAUUUGCAUAUUAAAAUGAAUGGUAAAAAUGCAAAUUGUUCAAGAUGUAUUUUAAAGUGCUACUGACACUACAAAACUACUCAUCAAAAUAGUACAGGAAUAAUGUCAUGGGAAAACAAAACACAUUAGUUAAUAGAGCUUCUCCAGCAGAAUCCUGCAUUGAAAUCUGUUUUUUUGGGUUUUGUUUUUUAAAGCACAAACAGAUUUUUUUUAUAUUUAAUUAAUUUUAGUAUUUAAUAAAUUAGGUUUCACAUGGGGCUAGACUACUGCCACAGCCAUGUGACUUGUGCUCUGAUAUACUUCAUUCACACUUCACUGCUGAUCUGCAAGUUGGAGUGAUAUCACCCCCCUCCCAGCAGCCGAUCAGCAGAACAAUGGGAAGGGAGAAAGACAGCAGCUCCUUGUAGAUACCAGAAUAGCACUUAUGGGCUCUGGCACAUGGGGAGAUUAGUCGGUCGUGACAAAUCUCUGACUUGUCGCUGGCGACUAAUCUCCCUGAAAUGCCAUCCCACCGGCGAGAAUGUAAAUCACCAGUGAGAUGGCAUACGCAGCGCUGCAAUUUCCCAGAAAUCGCGGAAGUUUCCUCUCAAGCCAGAGGAAAUUAGUCACCCGCGACAAGGGAGAUUUGUCGCAGGCGACUAGUCUCCCUGUGUGCCAGAGCCCUUAUAGUAAGAAAUCCAAGACCGGCUCAUGACUCCUUCAGUUACAUAGGAGAAACAAUAGAUUAUCUGAAAGCAGUUCUACUGUGUAGUGCUGGAUUCUUCUGAAAGCUCAGACUCGGGCACAAUGCACUAAGAUGGCUGCUUACACAGCUGUAUAUUACAGCUAAAAAAAAAAAUACUAAAUGUAUUGGUUCAAGAAUAACAUUUUAAAUUUGAGUUUUUUUGUAUGCUAUGUAGAAAUUGUAAUUUUGAAAUAAAAAGUCAGUCCUGUCAGUUAUAGCUUCUAAUGCUAACAGACUCCUGCUGCACAAAUAUGGCAGCCCCCUCAUAGAAGAACAUAUGGGAUCAAAUAGGUAAUGUAAAAGCAUCGGGCAGAUACCUUUAAGGCAAAAUUUUAAAUAUUAUGCAAAGACAAUGUUAUGAUAGAUGAAAAAGGGGUUUAAUUUCUGGUGUCAGUAUUUCUGUAAUUUCUUUAAUAUUAGCUUUGAACACAAGAUGGGGCUAUAUAUUCUUGUUAAGAUCGUACAUGUCUUCAGUUUAGCAAGUAAGUUUGGUUUAAUAUUUAAAUAUCACAUUUUCCUUAUUCAGAGGCUGAACAAUUAUGUACAAUAUAAUGCAUUGAUGCAUUUUAAUUUUUAAUAAAAUCUGCAUAAUUGAGAUGAA